AUGAAUAAUAAUAAUGUAGAAGAUCAGCGAUGGAAACUACUAGAUCAAGAACGAUUCCAAACGUUUUUCGAUUCGGAUGGACGGCUGGUGAAAGAACAUGAAUUUAGAAAAGCUGUUUUCAAAGGUGGAAUCAAUGGUAGCCUUCGCGCACAAGCAUGGAAAUAUCUAUUCGGUUUCUAUCCACCUCUGGUUUCCAAAGCAGAACAAGAAACGAUUAAUAUUGAACGUAAAUUGUGUUAUGAAUUUAUGUGUGAACGAUGUCAAAAAGAAAUGCCAGAAGAACUUCGCUUUCAACUACCACAUCUAUCAUCAAAUAGUGUCAGACAACCAUCUAGUCCAAACGACAUCUUCUUUUCUAUUCAACAACGCAUCGAAGCGUAUAAACCUAAACUAGAUUGGAAUGACAUGGAUCGACAUGCACGACUUAUUGCUAAAGAUCUACAUCGAACUGAUUUCAUAUCAUCAGAGAAAAAACCAGAUAAUUACAACUAUGGUCCACUAACACGUUUACUUGUUACAUUUGCUUCGUACCACCCAACAAUUGGUUAUUCGCAAGGCAUGAACGAUAUGGCUCAUUGUUUUCUUCAUGUAUUUUCGUUCAAUGAACAUGAAGCUUAUUUCUGCUUCGCGUAUUACAUAACUCAAUCCGGUGAACAUUUUACAGAAAAAGGUAUCGCUCAUAAGAUUAACCAAUUACCUAAGUUAAUGGAAAUCGUUGAUCAAUUGUUAUACGAUCGAAUUCUAUCCCUCAAGGUCGAAUUAUGGACAUUUUGCCAUCGUUGGCUAUUUUUAUGUUUUCGUCGAGAAUUUGCCGAAGAAGAAGAUACAUUAAUAUGUUUCGAAGUUGUUUGUAGCCAUUUUCUUGAAGAGAAUUCCUUAGCUGCCGAACGUCUUCUUCACGACAUUCAACUACGACGAGCUGAACAGAAAGGUAUCAGCAGUUAUUCGUCCACGUCUAUGGAAGGACAUUCAAAAUCCAAUGAAGAACUUGGAUGUUCAUUUGAUUUAUUCGUUUGCAUCGCUAUGAUAUCAUUAUUUCGUUCGUGCUUAUUUGAUGCUAAUGAUGAACUUGAAGCAUUAGAGGCUAUUCAACAACGACAGAAGACACUCGAUGUUCGACAGGUUUUAUCAUUAGCCGAACAACUUUUUAAAAUCUAUUGUCAACAAAUGGCAUCUAUGACAGCUCCAUCUUUGAUUGAAACAUCGUCCUACGAAAUUAUCGAUUGA